AUGGCUAAAUCUCGAGCCUCAGGGUCGGCAGCUUCGCGUGCCAAAACAAAGGCCAAGGCCAAGGCGAAGCCGAAAGCAACUACAAGAGGCUCCAGAAACCGCAGGCCUGCAGCAGCUCAACCACUUACAGUGGAUGGCGCUGCCAGGGGGGUGGACGGUGAGAGCUCCGAUGCUGACUUCUUUGGCAGCGACAUUGAGUCAUUUGGCACCUCACUGGGUUCAUUCCCCCCUCUCUCUCGAACUUCCUCGGAUGGCAAUGCCUUUCAGGAUGAGGAGCCGAUGGCUCUCAGCACACCGGAGACGAUGCAGCAGAUCCUUCUAUCAGAGCAUGGCAUGGGCCAGGGUACUCCGAACUCCUCGACACCGACUCAGGGCACUGGUCAGCAGGCUGGGUCUGACACCGAAUACACUCUGGAGGCCCUGGUGUCGGCACUUCCUACGCCGCCGAUGCGCAACAGGUCUAGGGCCGAAGGUCGAAGUGAACCUCCAACGCGUGCUGUGGCGAAGAUGCUGGUCAGGGCAGGAGACAAUCGAGGGCUAGAUCCGGUAGACUGCUGCAGCGCGUUCAAAAAGAUGCAGCGGGAGCCCCAGCAAUGGCUGUUUGAGCAUUCUCUGGCCUACGCUUCCCACUCCUCAAACCGAAAUGGGCUGGGCUGUGAAGGUCAUUAUGAUCCACCUGAUGCAGCACUGCGCCACGGGCUUGAGGGCUCCGCCUCGCCAGGAUUCCUCUCCAAGAGCCCUUUCUCCCUCAAUGCAGGCUCCCGUCUAAUCCUCUCUAGGGGACGAGACUGGGCAAAGCUCAGAGAAAUCAACAACGUCAACUGGAGCAGGUGCGAACAUCGGGACCAGGAGCGGCCUCUUGAUGAGGAUCUGGAGGAGGAGAUAGUGUCGCCGACGAGAGCAAAGAGGUCAAGAGACUCUGGCUGGGCAGAUGAGGCGGAACUCGACACACCAGACGAAAGGACAAACGAAGGUGCUGGUGAGCCUGCCUCUGGCUCCACAGAACGGCCUAUGCUCGUGGCUGCUCAAUCGGAGGCACUGGCUGCUACCAUAGACAGCUCUUCUUCACCAGAGUUGAUCAAAGACCGGAAGAGAGCAGAAUGGACUACCUGCGUCGAUGCCUGCAAGAGGUCCAAGUCCCUGCUGACGUGGCAUCCAAUCAGGAACGACACAUUGGCACCCGGCAUCGCAACAAUCGACGCCUCAGAAACCCACUGGUCAGAGGACAAAGAUUAUGCCAAUGACAACUGGCACAUCAUCUCCUCUGGCUGCAGUACCAGGCUCCUCAUGGUCAAGGCCCAACAGAAAAGCUGCUGUCAUUAUCUGAUCAACAUCUAUCAGAAAGUCCAUGAUGGCAGCAAAGACGGCUCAGCCCUCAGGGGUACAGUUUGGGAUGCCCUCCAGCAGGCCAUCUCCACAUGUCCCACUCGGCACUCGCUUGUCAUUGCAGGAGACUUUAAUACUGGCUUGCAGGCCUGUGCACCCUACACGGGUUCAGCAAUCAUCAGUAAGGGCAAUGCUGCUGAUGCUCCUGAUGCGCAUGUCCUACAACGCAUGCUGAAACAAUUUGAUCUGAGAGCCCUCAAUACCUUUCAGCCUACACCCGGCCAAACCAAAGGGGGAGCCUUUCGCCAGAGUCAAAUUGACUUUAUCAUCAUAAGAGGCAGGCGCACUGACUCUCAGGCCAAAUGCACGCGAACCUUGGUUGAUGCGGACCUAGGUGCUUGGAGAGGGGGUCCCAAACACUGGCCAGUUCAGGCAAGCAUCCCGGCAGAAUGCUACUAUGCGUCCGACAUGCCAUCGCGCCACAAUGCGGCUAAGAGCAUUAAUGCAAAAAUUAAGCAAGGACAGCUCCAUCUUGGUGACCCCGAAGGCUUUCAACAGGCCAUUCAACAAAGGUUGCAAAGCCUGAGGGGGUGGGACACACAGGAAAUCAAUGGGAUCCUUGAGGAAGAAUUGCAUAGCCGACUUGUUCCUGUUGAUUUGCGAACUGAAUAUGACACACCCGAUGCGACCACGCCAGUCAAAAGCCUCUGGCGUUGUCAUAGGGAGCUCAAAGCCCUGCAGCAAGUGGACAAUGCAGAGGCUGAAAUUCAGCGUCGCGAUCUCAAGAUUCAGUUCAAUCAGCUCCAACGACAGGUUCGUGCAGUUAGCAAGCUCAAGAGACAGGCCUUUGUCGAGCAUUGCAUUCAGCGAGCCACUCAGGCUGCCCAACAUGGCGACAUUAGAGAGGUUUACCUUCAAGUUAAUAAAAUAGCGCCCAAGGUCAUACGUCGCAGACCACAACUUCGGGAUGCUCAGGGUCACAUCAUGUCAACACUGCAAGAAACCCAGGCACUGCAACGGUUCUGGCAAGAAGUGCAUGUCGGCCAACAUCCCAGAUCACCAGAUCCGCUGCUGAGAUAUGACCUCCCGCCACAGCUGCUUGAAGAUGCUCUUGCCUCACUGCCGCAGCACAAAUCACUGCCAGAUCACUAUGUGCCAGGCAUUGCGUGGAAGCUCGCGGCCUCCUCGGUGGCUGCCUUAGCCCACAGAACCAUCCUUAGCGAUUGGCAGAUGGAUCGCUUCUGGAUUCCACCCGAAUGGAGGCAUGCCUGGCUUUGCUUCAUUUUGAAGCCCAACAAAUCGGGGCGCAAGGCUGAGGAGUAUCGCCCGAUUGGACUGACGGAUCCAGUAGGGAAAGCACUCUUAGGAGCCAUUUCUGUGCAGCAUCGUCAAGCUCUCUAUGAGUCAGUAGCGCCCUUUCCUCAGUUUGCCUACAUGGCCAAUCGUGGCGUAUCUCAGGCCCUUAUGCGGGCUUUUCAACACCUGCACAUAGCUCGCGAACUUGUUGCCCAGCAACGCGUCACACUACAACAACGCCAUGCUGGGGCCACCAGGUGCCGCUUAGUGGGAGCCAUAACAGUCUCUCUUGACAUGAGCAAGGCUUUUGAUUCACUGGAGCCAAAGUACAUGCAUCAGGCCCUGGAACUGAUCAGCUGUCUUCCUAGUGAUGUGUGCCGCCUCAUUGAGCAUUGGCAUGCAGACGUCGUCUAUCACUUUGAGCACGAAAAAUGCCAAGCUCACAUUCGCUGUGGCAGGGGCAUACGGCAGGGAUGCAAGAUUGCCCCAAGGGUCUGGUCCUUAUUUACCAUCCUUGUAAUGCACGAGAUAGGACCUGAUUGGUGCAAACAGCAUAGCAACUGGUUCGCGGAUGACGCCCUCUUUCAGGCAGUGAUUCGCUCCGAAGGAGAAUUGCUGCAGCACAUCAAAGCGAUCUCCAAGGCUCUAUGGGUCCUGCAAAAACUGGGCAUGAGCAUUGCGAGCAUUGCUGCCUCCAAAAGUGCCGUAUUGCUCCACCUCGGAGGCACCACAGCCGGGAGAGUGAAGGCAAAAAUCGUACAGGUGCACAAUCAAAAGCAACAAGUGCUCUUCCAGUACGAAGAUCAACAAUGGAGGCUUCCAGUUGUUGCUCAACAUGAUUACUUAGGAGCCACUCUCAGCUACACUCGCAUGGAGGACCUCACUGCAACCAGACGGAUAAAAGCUGCACAGGCCUUAUUUGACAGGCUGAAGCCAGUGCUCACUCAAAAGGCCCUUGCUCUGAAAAACCGAUUGCGCAUCUGGCAGGCCUGCGUUACCUCCAGUCUGCUGUAUGCCUUGCCGCAGGUGGGCCUCACUUCUGGAUCAGCACAGCGUGUGGCCGUCUCCUUCUAUCGACAGCUACGGCACAUCACCAGCAAACCUGUGCACCUCACAGGUGUCAGCAAUCAGCAGCUUUGCGGUCAAUAUGAUCUCCAGGAUCCCAUUGACUGCCUGCUUCGCAGUGCCCAGAAACAGCAGGCAAAAACAGUGCGACUCAGCACUCUCUUGGAUGCCAAGGAUGCAAGACUCAGCGAGGACAUCUUAGCCUGCGAGGCCAGAGUUCUUGCUCAGAUCCAUACCAUAGCCAGCGAUAGGCAAGCAGGUCACGUUCCGAAUGCUCUCAGUACCUUCCAGUGCCCUGAGUGCGAUCACGUGGCGGGCAGCAAGGCUGCGCUUACCAAGCACCGGAACAAAAUCCAUCAAGCAGGACUCAAAGCCUCAUCAUAUCUUGAUUGGAAAGAGGUGGACAGAUUCACUCAUGGAGCUAAUGGCCUCCCUACGUGUAGAUGGUGUGGCAAGGACUUCAGCUCAUGGCAACAGCUGCAGAGGCACAUCUUUGAUCAGGUGUGCCAAACUCGUGCUCAUGUGGUCCAAACUGCGCAGAUCGCGAGCGCAACUCCCAUGGAUGUCUCUGCCUCAAUGUGCCAUCCUCCCUGCCACGAAAGCUGUGCGACUGAUGCGGAACAGCCUGUCCAAACGGCACUCACAACCGAUCAGCCCGGUACCUUUGUCUCUCCCCGACAGCCUGACCCUGGUCCCAUGUCCUAUGAUCUAGGUGAUGCUCCCGAGCCUCACAUUGCUAAUGAUGCCAGCUCAAAGCGGCGGCUGGAUCCUCAGCCCGUUCAUCGUGACAAUGCCAUCGUCGAUGCAAUUAAAGCGCACCCCCCGCUUGAGGUCCUUUUUCAGCUCAUGUUCCUCAAAGAGCUCGGCGCUCAACAGGUUCUGUCAGAAGGCGGCUUCGAGGUAAACAAUCCCAACAAGCGGUACAGACAGGAUCCAGAUCAGGAUUACAGCUGGGGGAGCUACCAGGACACACGGUAUCGCUCAUCGGGAAGCCUGGAUGUGGAGGCAGCUGUCUAUGCCCUGGCCAAGCUUUGUCUCAGGCAGGAGACAGAGCUGAGCGAGAUCAGACAAGAGAAGUGCUUCCUUCUUCAUGUCAGUGCAGCGCCCCAUGGAAUACUCAAGCCACUCAUUCAGGCCUCCAUGAAGUGGAACGAACUUCGCGACCAGAUGAAGGUGGAAUGCAGUUUGAAGACGGAGCUCUUCCGCCUGAUGCUCAAGGAGACAGCAGCUCGAAUGGAAAAGUUCGAACGAAAUCAGGACAGUCAGAGGGCGGCAGAGAAGGUCAACUGGAUCAGCGGCAUGCCCCUACUCUGGCUGUAUCAGAAGUGGGAUCCGGAACAACAGCAGCUCGUCUUGGACCAGAGUCGAUCGGGAAUACCGCAUCAGGAGGUCAAAGACAUGUUGGAAAACUUGAGUGCUGCGCUCAAGAUGGACCCGGAGUCGCUCAAUCAGUUUGCGGCCAAGAGAAGGUUGACGCCGACUAUGACGGGAAGUUCGGUGCCGUUUCGAGUCAGCAUCGGCCUGCGCGGCCCACAAUGUCAGAUCCUCUACGAGGCCUUUCUCAAGCCGUCCGGUUUGGCUGUGCUGAACCUGAUUGGGGCCAACAUGCACAAGGAGAGGCAGAGGCAUGGCAGAGAGGCGGACGAGGUGGGCAUGCCUCCGGGACUGCUGGGCACUCUUGGGACUAGUGUCCGAGACCUGGCUCAUACCACUCAGCCUGUUCUGCUUCGCGCUUUACCUCGCAUCCAGGCGAUCAUGCGGCUCUGGAAUGACCCAAAUAAGCAGCAUGAUGUUGCUGAGUUCCUUUCGCAUCUCAUCACGCAAUGUCGCAUGCCCUUUGGUCUUGAAUGCUGGCAGGUGCGUGCCAUCAGGGGGCUGGAGCUUCGAAUACUGGAUGAAGGCUCACUUUGCACACCCAUCCCCCUGCCUACUCCCGUUCCUCCCAACAAUGGCCAAGCGCUCACCUUUCAGGAUUGUGCUGCUCAAUUCUUUCGAGGAUCGGAGCAUCCGGAUCAGAUGUGUGCCCUUGCCUCUGUCGCACCCCUUGUGUGCUUCCAGCUGCGACGAUAUGAGUUCGAUGUCGAUACUGGCAUUACGCAUAAGUGCACCACUCCUGUAGGAUUCUCAGAGCAUGCAAUCCAGGUCCCUGUUUGGAGCGAGGCGGACACAGUGCAGAUACGGCACGUGCCCUAUCGCAUCACAGCCAUUGCUUUUCACGAAGGAGUGACGCCGACGGCAGGACAUUACCGCACAUGCCUGCUGCAUCAGGGGCAAUUCUAUGUCACUGAUGUUGGGGCUAUGGCGCAACGUGUGGGCUCCCAGAUGCUUGAACGGGUGCAAUCCAACUCGUAUCUCUUCAUAUGCACCCUCUGCAUGGAUGGCUAG